UUUUAAAUAGUUGCCAUGUUGAUUAGUUAUAAGUUUGUAUUUUUCAUUGUUUUUUUCCAUGUCAGUGAACUGGAAAAAGCUUGUGGUGGCCUGCAGUCACUCUCCUCUGUUACACCUAACAGUAUAUAUUUGAGUAUUGAUCCAGCAAUUGACAAGUCACCAGUAUACUCACAGAUUUUCCAAGCAUACAAAUGGUCAAACAAGGUAUCAGAUCUGGCUGGAUACGGGGCCUCGUUACUAGAUGCACACGUCAAAAUAAAAAGGACCCAACAGAUGGGUGCAGCACAGGCGAAAAAAAUGAAAAGAGUUCCUCCUACAGGUCAUGCUCAUGGUCCAAGUGUAAUUGAGAAUUUUGUUGCACGUUUGAAUCAGAGAGGGGGUGGUUUAUCAAUACAGCUGACACGCCCACUUGGUAGCCAUGCUGUAUUGCAGAUAACGUUAAGUCACAUAUUGAAAGCCCAGGUGGCGCUGCGAGGCAUGAUGAUUGAGUGGGUGAAUGUGCGAGGAUUUACAGAGGAAAAUCCGGAUGGAUCUAAGCUUGAACUGUGGUCGAAAUCAAAGUACAAAGUUUUUCAAAAGGUAACAGAGAGUGCUACUGCGGCAACGUUACAUUUCUACACCCCUCAUAACGCGGAGUUGUCUCUUACGUCAUUCAUGCAUUGGUUUCAAAGAUAUAGGACUUUGUUCUCGGCUCCUUGUCAGAAAUGUGGUAAACACUAUUUAAACGGUCUUCCUCCAACAUGGCGAGAUCUACGUACAACAGAUCCUUACCAUGACAUUUGUAGACAAUAACGAUUCUUGGAAUUAAAUAUCUGUUGGUGAUUUAAAAAGAGAUUAUCUGCAAUUAUUGCUGUUGAAAGAAACAUUCAUUGUAUUUGGGAGUAAGUUUUACCUCAGCAGUGUUUCGACAGACUGGUGUUGUUUUUAAGGUAGUCUUACUGUAAUGCUUUCCCGCCAAAAAAAUUUUACAUCGGCCAAUAUCAUAGCAAAUCACUUAUUUCCAAAACAUUAUUUUUUCAAAAUCUUGGGCAUUAGAUUAUUUACAAUCACUCAUCAUCUACCGUAAUUUUACAAAAAGUAUUCAUCAAAGCAUGUAAUAAAAGUAUCUGGAAUAAAUCACUAUGUACUAAAUUCCAGUUAUAAAUGGUUAGAAAUUAUUAAAUACCAAAGAUUGUGAAAAAUAACUUUCCGAAAAUGACCGAUUUAAUAUGAUAUUGGCCGAUGUUAGAAAUUUUUGGACGGGAAAACAGUGCAGUAAGGCAACCUUAAGCAAUAGCUAUAUUGAAAAGUGUACGGGGAAGAACAUAGUUAGUCAUGUAACCGAAUGGAAUUUGGACUGGAUGUCUGAUUUACAGUUGGAUAUGUUUCUGUGCUGUGCACAGUGUUUAGAUAUGACUUUUUGAUGGAUAAUUGUCAUGGUGUUAAAGGAAUAAAACCAACCUCGAAGUUAUAAAACUUUCAUCUCAGGUCUGUUGCAAAUCAAAUCUCAGAGUUUUCAUUGGUCAGAGUACAUUCUGGGUCUGUGUCUGACCAAUCAAAUACCUGAGAUCUGAGUUGGAGCUUAGAGAAUUUCUGAAUAACCUCGGAUCCCGGUCUAUUGGUUUGAUAUGUCUUCAGCAUUAUAAACUAUAACAUUAAAACCUUAGUAUUAUAACUGAGAUAUCAUUCAUACCAAUUACUGCAUUGUAGUUAUAUUUUGUAUAGUUAUUUAUGCUAUACAGAUGUAAAAAAAAACCAUCAUGUGUUCAUCAGCUCUGUCAACCAAGUUGUGCUAAAUUACCCUAGCACAAUAUGCAAUAUUACUCAUCUUUGUUACAUUUUCAAGUUAUUACACUGUUGAACUUCUCUAGCACACCAUGCUGUUCAUUUUGAAGGGGUCUACUUGGCCUAGUGGUUACGGUCUUCAUCAUCAAAUCACAUGCCCUUCAAGGCUCUGGGUUCAAAUUCUGUCAUGGACUUUGUAUUCUUUAUUGCGAAGAAAUUAUCCAGCGUGCUUACAGAAGGUUGGUGGUUCUAUUUAGGUGCACACAUGUGCCUAAAGUACUGCAGGGAGGGACACCUGAGGUCUUCCUCCACCAUUUAAGCUGGAAAGACAUUAUACGGCCCAUUACAGUGUCUUUAUGACUGAAAAUCCAACAAAACAUUUACAAUAUUUCAAGUCAUUACACGACAAGAACAUUUUAAUGUUUUACAAAUAUUUCCAAAUUUUCGCAAGCUUGCCCUACAAAGUUUUUUGACACUCCACUGCCAAUUUAGAAGCAAAUACUGGCACUACGUAAACACUAUUCUAUAAACCACAGAGAGUGGAUUCACUUAACACAGUUGUUAGAGGUUUUAUUUAUUAGAAUUGAAACAGGGACAGUCUGCAUGAAAAACUUUUUGUGGUCAUAGACAUUCGGGCUUUGUCCAACAAAAUAUCAUAUAGCCCGCACCAAUUUUAACUAGCCCGAAAACUCUAACAAAAGUUGUGGCCAGGUUUUUUAAAUUUAAUUAAGUAUGGAGAAAAUAAUGCAAAGUGAUAUCACUUGAUUAACAUUUAUUUCUGAUAUUCUUAGACAGGGUCAAAUAAUUUUAUUUACAUGUAGCUUAUGACAUUGUAGCUUACUAGAAAAAAUUCAAUAUGCAUAUCCCUCUUGGUCAUAAUAAAUACAAGGGGUGUAAAUGCUAUAUAUAGAUUAUUUUGGAAAUUUCCCUCAGUCAUUGUGUAUGUAUUUUUUUCGGAUCUCAAAACAAUGCUAGACUGUUGGACUACUCACCCUACAUUUUAUGCUAGCCCGAAGGGAAUUUUACUAGACUGGGGCUCGGGCUUUGUCUAUUUUUCGCAGACUGCAGGGGUGUUUGCAUGCGAAACAAAUAUAAAGAUAAUGAUUUGUGUUGUACUAUUAUUAUAAUUGCUAUUUCUUUGACAUUACUUUUUGUGCUAUACAGAUCAUGUUUUACUCAACUAUAAGAAUAAUAGGGAGAGCUGUUGCACUCAGUCUAAUGUUGGUUUCCCUUUGCUGACGGUACCUCAGUUAAGAUUUGCCUGUGAGUUAGUAUCUGUAAAACAACUGAAGGGAAGGGGUUGGAACUUAAUAAACUUGUUCUCUGUGAUUCUCCAACAAGACAGACCCAGGUCCUAUAACUCUGAGUUAGGUUUUUGCAGCGUCAUGCCCAUUUUCUUACUGUCGUUGAUCGUGGUGUCUUACAGGACAGCUCUUGUUUCGUUUUUUGUAGAAUACCUAAUGUUUUUAAGAAUUAUGUUAAAUCCAUGUACUGAAUUAGCAUAUUUCAUAUACUUGUAUAUUGUUGA